AUGAAGGAUGAUUGCGAUAAACUAUCUUCCGAAAUGGCGCAUACUCGAGAAACUGAAGCUGAAAGAAAUGAAAAAAGAAGAAAGGUAGACCGGCAAUUUAACAUCGGCACGGCCAACACGUACUUCAAUGAAGUGGACGAUUAUAUGAUUUCGUCCUUCACGGAAUCAUCUGACAGAAUCGUGUCACAACGAAAUUCUAUGCCCAGUUCGCCUCCAAGAAUAGACGAACUGGAUUCUCUUUCAAGUUCUUCUCCCAUUGAUGUUGUCGCUCCUGAGUCUCAACCUAUUCCCAUGCAACUCACGUUCUCUCAGUUGGCCCGAAAAAAUCUCUCGUCAGAAGACACAUUGGAAUUGGAUAUCGAUAACUAUGGAAGAGUCUCGGGAGUCAGAAAUUGUGAACUUUACUCAACUAGCCCCACUAAAGAUCAUGACAUGGGUCAUCGGGAAUUUCUUUACAAAGACUCGGCAGAAGCCCAACGGGAAGCUGUUAAAGUACUCCGCAUGGUUUUUGAUGAGGAUAAUGAGAAUAAAAUUGACCUAGAAAGGUUUGGGCUUACUUCUAUACCUGAUGAGUUCGAAGAUUUUAAGGAUUCGAUAAUGGUGAAUGACUCUGGCCAUCUUUCGUCUCCUCAAUUACAUGUUUUCCUUGGCCAUAAUCACCUUAGUAGCCUGAGCCAUAGUUUAUUCCAAGUUCCUUUUAUUGAUGUUUUAUCCUUAAGGUUUAAUCAUCUAACUAGAAUACCAGGCAACAUAAAGAAGCUGACUCAAUUAAGGUACUUGGCACUGGGUAAUAACAAUAUAGUCCACUUGCCGCAUUCGAUCUUGAAGCUGGAUAAACUGCAAGUUUUUUCUCUACGUCCUAACCCUUUGAAAGAGCCUAGUGAAGGUGAUAUCGAACUGAAUUUGAAACCUGGUCCGCGGUAUGCUAGUCGAAUCAGAUGGUCCAACAAGCGAAAAUCAUCUAAAAUUAUGCCUAGGCUAAACAAAGCCUAUAGUAGUUUUGGUGGUGACCUCUCAUUACUCGAGAAGUCAACAUCUUCUCCAAAGUCAGUCCUUGAACAAGAACGGGGCCCCUACCUGUCUCCAAAUCGGACACCUAAUCUACUUAACGAACAAACUACCAUUUCGGAGGCUUUUGCUGAUGAAAGGGAUUUUGAUUCACAAGAGCAAGAGCUAAUUAAGAACUCUACAUCAUAUGUCCCACGACUUACAGAACUAGCAUUGAGAUGUAUAUCAAACUAUAGAAUAUCGAUUUCCGAAGCUAAACAGUGGAAAAAAAGUACCAGCAAAUACAUAUUAAAGAUGGCCUCAAAGGCACUAAUCCAAGGUACGAAUGGCGAAUCUUGUGGAUCAUGCGAGAAUAUUAUUAUAGAGCCUGUAGCUGCAGUUUAUGAGUGGUGGGACAUUGCCGAUGCUAAGAAUGUCCCAAUCAGAAGACAUUUUUGUUCUAAGAUGUGUGCUAUUAAAUGGGAGUCAGCCAUUCAAGAAAUGACAGAAGGCACUCACAAGAAAGGGAGUUCUCAAAUUAAUUCGACAUAA